AUGCGUGCAAGUUCCAUUGAUAUUCAUCCGAAUGCAAAAUGGUCACAGAAUGGUAUCACUGUUGCUGGAGGAAAUGGACUACGCAGUGAAACCAAUCAACUCAAUUACCCAUUGGAUUUGUACGUCGACGAUGAUCAGACGAUUUAUGUCGCUGAUUAUUCGAAUCAUCGUAUUGUAGAAUGGAAAUCUGGUGCAACGAAUGGAAACGUAGUUGCUGGUGGAAAUGGAGCUCAUCAAUUAAACCUCCCACAAGAUGUGAUUAUCGACAAAGAGAGCGAUAGUCUCAUCAUCAGCGAUUCCGGGAAUAGAAGAGUAGUUCGAUGGCCUCGUCGAAAUGGUACUCAUGGAGAAACAAUUAUUUCCAAUAUUGCUUGCUACGGUUUGACAAUGGACGACAAUAGUUGUCUCUAUGUCGUUGACUGGAGACAAGAUGAAGUGAGACGAUAUAAAAUUGGUGACACUAAAGGAACAGUGGUUGCAGGUGGUAAUGGACCAGGAAAUCGUCUCGAUCAACUCUCUCAUCCCCGCUAUGUAUUUGUCGAUCGAGAUCAUUCAGUUUAUGUGUCUGAUUGGGAAAAUAAUCGUGUAAUGAAAUGGGAAGAAGGUGUAAAACAAGGCAUUGUCGUAGCCGGUGGUCAAGGAGAAGGAAAUAGUCUUACGCAAUUGACUAGCCCUUAUGGAGUCGUUGUCGAUCAAUUGGGUACUGUCUAUGUGGCUGAUUUUGGGAAUCAUCGAAUCAUGCGUUGGCCAAAAGGAGUCACACAAGGAAGUGUCAUUAUUGGUGGAAACGGUCAAGGAGCACAAUCGAAUCAACUCAAUUGUCCCAUAGGUUUAUCAUUCGAUCGACAUGAGAUUUUUUCGGUUACGGUCGGUUCGGUUUGGCAAAAAUGCCAACCGAUCCCACCUCUGGCACCUACAACAUCUUAUCAACAACAACAGUGCAACCAUGGAAGUGAUGAUCCUAACGAUCCUCCAGAAUUAAGAAGAUCAUCACGAAUUAUAAACAAAAUAGCAGCAACAACAACAACAGCAUCAAAAAAUGAUAUCAACAACGAUAAGAAGAUUGACAAGUCAUCAAUUUUUCAACAUGAAAAAGACACAGGACAUCGAAUGGACUGCAGUAAUUUUCAAGUAGUAUGGCAAGACAAUCAUUAUUAUCGUCUGUUGUUCAAAGAAUCACUGCUGAUCAAGGCUUAUGAACCUGAACUUAACAAAACAACACAUUCAGUACCAUUACUUGCCUUUCCUGAUGAUCUACCAAAAGUUCAGUUACCUAAUCUUGAUCAUUAA